AUGCUUGUUCUGAUAAUGGAAAAGUGUGCUGAUCCAAUGACCACACCAGCGAAGCUUGAGUAUUACAACUACUUUUUGAACGAAGCACUUCCUGUUGAAAGUCAUGUUGGUUCUUCAUUGCACGAUGUUCUACUGCACGAGAUCAGUAGCCGGUCGUUGAGAGCCAAGCAGGAAUGUAUUGACUGGUUGACAUUCACUUAUUUCUACCGGAGAAUUCAGCUCAAUCCAAGUUUCUACGAUGUCAAGGAUACUUCUCACCUUGGUAUUUCUGAGUAUUUAUCUGAGUUGAUUGAAAACACACUCAAUGACUUGGCACAAGCACAGAUGAUUGAGUUGGAAGACGAGGACGAGGAAGAAGAGGAAGAGGUGAUUUCUCCUUUGAAUGGUGCCAUGAUCGCUGCCUACCACAAUGUCUCGUACCUCACAAUGAAGGAAUUCAGCCGUCUAGAUAACAAGGCCCAGAAUGCGUGGUAUACUCGAGGUGAUCACCUCGGCAUCAGAAUUCGAAUCGCUACCUAUUCGUGA